GUGUGUUUGUUCAUCAGCUCAAACAAGGGUUUUGCUGGCGCGAGAAUGAAGACGCGUUCAUCUUCAGAGGUUUUGAUGGAUCGACUCAGUGAGUUGCCGGACUCGUUAAUAUUUCACAUAUUUUGGUUGUUGCCUAUGACUGAUGUUGUUAGGACAACGAUUCUAUCGAAACGGUGGAAUAACCUUUGGACCACCACUCCCUACCUUAAUUUCGACAUUUAUGCUAUGGAGUUUAAUUGUGCUAGAGAGCUUCGAAACUUCAUUAAUCGGGUCUUAGUAAGCUGGAAUGGGGUAAGGGUUCUGAAAUUCAAGGUUGUUUUGUAUUGUGAGCUUGAUAGCCUUGAUGAUUCAUUUGAGGCGGAUACUGAUUUGUGGGUGCAUUUUGCCAAGCAUAAUCAAGCCGAAGAAUUAUACUUUCAUGCAAAUUUAUCGAUUUAUGAUUAUACUAUUGUUAAGGACUGGAUGCCACAGUGUCUGUAUUCAUGCUCAUCGCUUAAAGUGUUAUCGAUCACGAAUGGUUACUUUAGAAUUAAGGGGAAUGUGCAGUGGAAUCAACUCAAGAGUUUAGCAAUUAGUAUUACAGAUUUGGGGCUCAUCACUGAAGACGUAAUUAAUCAAAUAUUGUGUGGUAGCCCUCAGUUGGAAGUCUUAAUCAUGUCUUUUGGAGAAAGAGGUAAAAGCAUGUCUAUCCGAUCUACUAGUUUGAAAGAGCUUUCGAUUUACAAGUAUGAUGGUGGUGUACAGGGUUAUGCUUCUUAUGCAUCUACUUCUACAGAGCUGAGAAUUUGGACUCCAAAUCUUAAAACCUUAGAAAUUAAAGGAAUUCCAUUUAGCAAGUGUUUGCUGAUGAAUGUCUCAUCUUUAACUCAUGCAACUCUUCGGUAUUCUCAUCAUCCAAAUGAGGGCACAUGUUGUGAUGACUUUUCCGGGAUCAAUGACUUUUUAUCAUCAAACCAUUUUGUUGGAGAUUUAUUUGGUCAACUUCUUCCAAGCACCCAACACGUUGAAAACAUCACAUUGUCACCUUGUUGCGUCCAGGUGCUUGGAGCUAUGAUAGAGGGAUGCAUGAAUUCAUCUUCUCCUAAUAUCAAGCUCUUACGGUUCAGAUUUAAUUGCAAGAAAGUUGCAGUUACAAUUGAGAUUUUCCCUCUAUCAAAGAAGUUAGUCAUUAAAGUUGAAAGGUGCGGAUACAACGAUUCAAUCUGGGCUGAGCAUUACACCUACCACGAGUUUGAAGAAAAUCUUCCAAUGUCGUUUGUGCUGCAGUUGAGGACAGUUGAGUAUAAUUUGGUGGAGGGUGAUAUCAUAUUUCCAUGUCUCGAGUUUCUGUUGAAAAACGCAAGUAGUCUAGAAAAGAUUGUGUUCCGAGUAAAAGGAUCCGUGCAACAUUCACAGAGUUUAGAGUCUUUGUCUCGUGCAUCACAAAAGCUGCUCAAAAUGCCAAGAUCAUCACGAACUGCAGAAUUCACUUUCUGUGAAUAUUGAUACACCAAGUUCUGUCUUCAAUCAUAGAGGAAUUCAGCAUGAUUCCUGGUAACUGGUAACUGGUAACUGAUAGUUUUCUUAGAUAGGCAGCAUUAUGUUCUGACCUUGUGAGCUCGAUAUGCUUGCGUAAUCUGACUACUUGCUCUGUUUCAAAUUUUCUUUCCUCUGUUUGUUUCAUUUUGGGGAUUAUAUUUGCUUAUUUA